AUGGACGAGUUGGUCAAGAAAGUAUCUGCUCGCCUUGGAACAUCUAUGGAGGAAACAUCAUCUCUGAUUGCGCAGGCACUAAGUAGCUGCAUGGAUCAAGAGCAACUCCUUGAGCUGCUAGGAUAUGAAAUGAUUGAUGAAAUCAUAGCAAUAUGUGCAAACAGGCAAUACUUCAUCCCUCAGGAAAGCGUAUCAGAAACUCCUUAUUAUAUUGAGCAUGUGUUUCCAGAGCCUGCGGCUAUGAGUGCUUGUAAUUCAGAUCUUGUUGCUGUGGAUGCUGCUGGUGAUGAUCGGAAGUAUUUUGAAUAUGCGAUGUUUAAUGCUGUGCAAUCAAAAGUAUUUCAUGCUGCAUAUCAAACAGAUGGGAAUUUGCUUGUAUGUGCACCAACAAGCUCUGGAAAAACGGAUAUUGCGCUGAUGGCUGUGCUAAGAGCGUUGGCAAAGGGUCAAAAGGUUGCAUAUGUUGUUCCUAUGAGAGCGCUUGCAACAGAAGUUGUUUGCAAAUACAAGAGGAUGGUUGGAGGAUCUAAGGUUCUUGAGUACACCGGAGACACAGAUGCAGAUACAAAGGAUGUGUUGAAGAGCGAUGUGAUAGUGUGUACACCUGAGAAGCUGGAUGUUGCAACAAGAAAGUUACAUAAUGUGUUUUGUGAAACAAUUGGUCUUCUUGUGAUUGAUGAGGUGCAUAUUCUUCAGGAUGAUCGAGGACCUGUAAUAGAGGCUAUUGUGUGCAGGAUAAUGAGAUACAUUGAGUCGAUGCAGCGACAUAUACGAAUUGUUGGGCUGUCAGCAACGCUCCCAAACUACAUGGACGUGGCUGUUUUUCUGAAGGCUGAGCAUGUGUUUGCAUUUGGACAGGAGUACAGGCCUGUUCCAUUGAGCAUGUCGAUUGUUGGGAUGAAGAAGGGCAGUAAAGAAAGUGAAGAGCAAGAGUUUCUGAAGAAGAAGGUGCAGGGAUACUUGAAUGAAGGCAAGCAGGUAUUAGUAUUUGUGAAUUCAAGAGGGGACACAGUUAAAACUGCAAAACUCCUGAUAGAUUUAUGCGCUGGAGUUUAUGCUAAAGAUAAUAUUUUGUCAGGAAUUAUGCUUAGCCUGAUAAGAGGAGGAGUUGGGAUUCAUCAUGCUGGACUUCCUAGACGGAUCAGGUUGUACAUGGAGGAGACAUUCCGAAGCAAGCAGAUUGGGGUGUUGGUGACGACGUCGACACUUGCAUGGGGAGUGAAUUUGCCUGCAUAUGCGGUGAUUAUCAAGGGAACAAGGUUUUAUGAUGGAGUGAUGCGAAGGUUUUCUGACCUUGGGAUUCUGGAUAUUCUGCAGAUAUUUGGAAGGGCAGGGCGACCUCAAUUUGGAAGCAAAGGAGAGGCGUGCCUAAUAACUACAGCAAGGAUGCUUGACCAUUAUGUGUCACUGAUGAAGAACAACACGGACAUUGAGAGCAGACUUCUUAGACAUGCAGCUGACACAAUCAAUGCAGAGAUACAUCUUGGCGCAAUAUGUAGCAUUUCAGCAGCCGUUGAGUGGUUGAAAAAUACAUUUAUGUAUGUGAGGAUGUUUAAGAAUCCAAUGUUGUAUGAUUUGAGUAUGGAAGAUCUUGUGAAUGGGGAUGAAGUACUUGUUCGUUACAUGGUAUUGACAUGCAACAGAUUAGAGAGUGCGGGAUUGAUAAGGAUAUUCAAGCAAUCUGAUGAUUACAUGGAAUGGCGACUCUGUGGAUCUGAGUAUGGAAGAAUUGCAAGUGUUUAUUACCUGAGUCAUGAAACAAUGGAGAGAUGGCAAGAGGUGAUUGCAGAUGUGAGUGAUGUAGACUCGAUGCUUCAAGUGUGCUUUAUGUCCAAAGAAUUUUGCACGUUGAGAUGCAGAGAAGAGGAUGAGGAGUGUAUACAGGAGUUGUGUGAGGAGAUGGGUAUAAAGUAUGAGAUGUGUAUUGAAUGCAAGCUGAAUGUACUUGUAAGAGCAUAUAUGAAAGGACGAAGUGUAAGCAGAUUUUCAUUGGUAUGUGAUACGGAGUAUGUGAUUAAGAACCUGAAGAGGGUUUUGAUGGCGCUUGGACAUAUGCUUGUGUUUGAGAGGAUGCAUGAGAUGGCAGUAGAAUGCUGCAUGUUACAGAAAAGGAUAGGAAAGCAGAAAGAGGUGCCUUGGAAUGGUAGUGAGGUAAAUGUAGAGAUAACCAAAGUUAAGGAUAUGUUGAAGAUGAAGAUUGACAUUGAUAUGAAAGCAUGGUUCUGGGUUUUUGUAUGGAGUGAUAAGCAAGCAAUCUAUUCUGAGAUGUUUGAGCAGAUAACAGAGUCUUAUAUAAAAUCAAAUACCAAGAAUGUCAGGAUUGAGGUGAUUUGUAGAGACGAGUGGAUGAUGUAUGAGAAAUAUUGUGUAGUGGGGGUAGAAAGCAGUGUUAAGGUGCUGUAUGAAACAGGAGUGCAUGAAUGUGAGACCUCAUGGUCUGUAAUACAAAGGAAGCAGAGUUGCCAACACUUUGAUGUAUUAGAAAAUCUUGUUGAGUUUAAAGAAUAUGUUUGUAGAAGGAUGUAUGGAAGUAUUGACAGGAUGAGUAAUGGAAAUGGAGAGUUUCAAGAUAGGCAGAUUGGUGAAGCACAGAGCUGUGUUGUUUUUACAGAUAAAAAGAUUGUAAUGAGAAAUGGAGAUGAAUGGAUGGUUGAAAACUGCAGGAUGUGCUACAAUGGAAAGCUGGACCAUGUUCCAGGAGUGUCGUUGUCUUACUUGAGGCCUGAUGUGCCGCAUGGAAUGCAUAGAUGUGUAUUCUUUGAUUUUGAGAUAAACAUAAAGUUUAUUCAAGUAGAUUGUGAAGUGUUCAGAGAGAGACUGAAGUUAGUCAGUUCGAGUAUUUUCUCAAUGUUUAAUCUUGAAGAAAGGCAAGUUGUGAUUAUUGCACCUGAUGAGAGUGAUGCAAGAGAUACGGUGCGGGACCUUAAUACAAGUAUGGUGCUGAACGACAUGCGAUUUGAAGGCAGUGACCGAGUGAAACGAGGUAUUCCGAGAUCUAAGCAGCCUGGUGUGUAUGUUACUACAUUUAGUGAAGCAGAAAGUAUCAAUGGGAGUCCGGUUGUUGUUCUGAAGGGAUGCAGUGGAAUGCAUGGAUACUUUCCUGUGUAUGAAGUGCUGAGGAUUUGUAAUGGAAGUGAAGCAUAUGUUUAUGAAAGACGCAACUACAUUGAGUAUUUGAAUUUGUGUGUGCUAGUAGAAGAUUGA